CAGUAGCGCAGCGGCAACAUCACUGGAGGAGAACUUUCCAAAUUGGGCCUGAGUCUCCUAUGUAAAUGCAAGAGAGGCUCCUCCCAUGCACCUGAUAGGGAGUACUUACAGCUCUUUACAGCUUACACUGUUUCCAAGAGCGCAGCGGCGCGCCAUGACGCACCACUGGACUUAAAAACUUUCAGGAGUUUGGUCUUUACGCAGCAAACUGAGGCGGAAAAAAAAGUUUGCAGGAAAGUUUGACUUUUUUGUCCCCCAAGAUGCCACGCUCUUUCCUCGUCAAGAAACACAUAAACUCCACAAAGAAGCCAAAUUAUAGCGAACUGGAAAGCCCAACAGUCUUCAUCACGCCGCACUUCUACAGGGGCCUCCCCCUGUCCGUCAUCCCCCAGCCGGAGGUCCUGAGCCCGGCAGCCUACAGCCCCGUCACCGUGUGGACCAGCGACUUCUCCCCCAUCUCUGGAUACCCGUCCUCCCUCUCCGACACCUCCUCCAAGGACCACAGCGGCUCGGAGAGCCCGCGGAGCGAUGAGGACGAGCAGAUGCUGCCCAAACUGACGGACCCUCACGGGGUGGAGGCAGAGAAGUUCCAGUGUAGUCUGUGCAGCAAAUCCUACUCCACGUACUCUGGACUGCUCAAGCACAAGCAGCUGCACUGCGACGCGCAAACGAGGAAAUCCUUCAGCUGUAAAUACUGCGAGAAGGAGUACGUCAGCCUGGGAGCUCUCAAAAUGCACAUCAGGACUCACACGUUGCCUUGUGUUUGUAAAAUAUGCGGGAAGGCUUUCUCCAGACCGUGGCUGCUCCAAGGACACAUCAGGACGCACACGGGUGAGAAGCCCUUCUCCUGCCCGCACUGCAACAGAGCGUUUGCAGACAGGUCCAAUCUCAGGGCUCACCUACAGACCCAUUCGGAUGUGAAAAAGUACCAAUGCAAGAACUGCUCCAAAACCUUCUCUAGGAUGUCUCUUCUGCACAAGCAUGAGGAAUCUGGUUGUUGUGUGGCACACUGAGCUACCGGCCUUUCUGUCCAUUCUGUUUUUCCAUGCCCAGGGGAAGCGUCAGGGAAUCACACAAAUAUGCAAACGCUUUUUACUUUUUUAUUUUUUUCUAAAUGAGAAGCAACUCUCAUGCAACCUGUUUCAAUCAGCGAUUGCAAUCAUUGUCGAGCUUUGUGCUAUUCGUGCACUUUCCUGCAGGUUUUUCCUCACAAUGUUAUCGUCAGAGUUUGAUAUUCUUUCAAACAAGCCAAACCGAAGGGUGCCUUAUACGACUGUGGAAUACAAAGCCAUGGAUACAAAGGGAACAAGUGCAAACUGAAGCUUACAGUCCGACUGUUAACACUUUUGCACAGCCUGUAGGAUCAGUUUGCCAGCUUGACAAAGACCAAAACAACCCAGUUUGUGUUAUUUUUUAAUGCAAUAUUAUCUAUUCUCCAGCAACAGGUUGCUUUUAUAUUUUUAUAUAUUGAAUGUACGUUUGACUGAGAUGAUUGUAUAUUGACAGAACUGUGAGGUUGAAUUAUUUCGAUAUUUUCAUUACGCUUUUCCAAAAAAAUAAAUAAAUAAAUGAGGUUUCGUACAUUUCUUCAGGGCUUUUCCCCGGCUUCUUUUCCAUCUGAAAACUUUUCUUCAUUGAUUGUCACACGCUUCAAAGGAAAUGACACGCACAGAGUGGAUGAUAUUUAAUCCCGCUUGCACCAUCUCCCGUUAUGAAAAUGACUCAGGCCCGCCGUCGUGCUUCAACCUGCUCCCUGUGAACUUGUCCAGACAUCAAACAAUCUUGAAAUUUAACACAUACUCGUUAUAUUGAUCUGCACUCACUUGUUAUACCCUUUGAGGGCCCAGCUCUGACUUUUACCGACAGUGUUAAGUUUGGGUUUCGACGGUGAAGGACUUUUAAAAAGUCAUCCACAUUUUUUGGACUUUUCUGUGUCUGGUUUGAUAUUUAUCAACUGCACUUUAACAGAGAUUUCUCUAAUAAAACUACAGGCAAAGUUGAGAAGCAUUUUUUUUUUCUUUUUCGGUCAGAUGAAAAACAAAAUAAAAAAUAAAAAAACAAAAAAAA